AUGAGUACUCUGAGUUGGAACUGUCGUGGCUUGGGCAAUCCGCGGACAGUUCGUGCAGUUGUGGACAUGGUGUCCAAGAAGAAGCCGGAUUUUGUAUUUUUGAUGGAAACGAAAGUAGCACGAAUACAUGCAGAACGAGUUCGCGUUAAAAUUGGUUACGAGGGUCUGUUUUAUGUUAAUAAUACAGGCCGCAGUGGUGGAUUGGCAUUACUUUGGAGGAAGAACAAUACUGCAAGAUUACUGGGUUACUCGAAGACACACAUUGAUGUGGAGGUGAGUAUAAGUGGUUUUCCAAACUGGAGAAUGACUUGUUACUAUGGCUAUCCAGAACGAACAUGGAGGACUGAGUCAUGGGAUCUAUUGAAACAGUUGGCAACACAAUCUGAGCUACCCUGGGUUGUGAUUGGCGACUUUAAUGAUCUCUUGUACCAGUAUGAGAAGAGGGGAGGAAAUCCACACCUGAACAGUCUGUUAUGUGGCUUUGGAGAGACUAUGGAUCAGUGUGGUUUGGCACAGUUACCAAUGAGUGGUAAUCAGUUCACAUGGCAAACGGGCAAAGGCAUUCCUGGAUGGAUUCAGGAAAAAUUGGAUAAGGUACUGGUCACUAACCGCUGGAGGGAUAUUGUGAAUGGGGCCACAGUUGCAAAUCAAUGGACUAGACGGUCUGACCACUCAGCUAUCUUCAUGGGGAUUCGGCAAUAUGGGGGUGGGAGGGCUGGGGGCCGAAGGUUUCGUUUUGAGAUGGCGUGGCUCUAUGAUGAGGGAUGUAGAGCGGUAGUGGCUGAGUCAUGGGAGGAGGGAAGAGAUAGGGGAGCACAAGGCUCGGAUCUAUGCCGAGUGGAGAUGCAGGAGGAUGCAUACCGGAAGCAGAGAGCCAAACAGCACUGGCUCAAGGAUGCGGAUGCCAACACGAAGUUUUAUCACAGGUAUGCCUCGAACCGAAGGAAUAAGAAUACUCUAGUUAAAAUUAUGAAUGAUAGUGGUGAAUGGAUGGAAGGGGAUGAUAUGGCGGGUGUAGUUCUGGAUUAUUUUAAACGCAUUUUUACAACUAAUAAUCCUGUAAGCGGUGAUCUGAUCUAUAACAAUGUUACGCCACGAGUCACUCGGGCACAGAAUGAGGUAUUAAUGCGACCCUUUGAGGUUGGUGAGGUGAAAGAUGCUCUGUUUGAAAUGUAUCCCGAUAAGGCGCCAGGGCCGGAUGGGAUGAACCCGGGCUUUUAUCAAAGUUUUUGGGAUAUUGUAGGAGGGGAUAUCUCGGCUUUUGUUGUAGACUGUCUGAAUACAAACUCAUUGCCACCAGGUUUGAAUAAUACCGAUGUUGUAUUAAUUCCUAAGAAAGAUGUCCCUGAACAGGUCACUGAUUUGAGACCAAUAGCGCUUAGUAAUGUCAUUUAUAGAAUUAUGGCCAAAAUGAUAACCCGGAGGAUGAAACCCCUAAUGGAUAGUAUUAUAUCUGAAUCCCAGAGUGCUUUUAUACCAGGCAGGUUGAUAACGGAUAAUAUUUUGAUUGCCUCAGAGGUAGGCCAUUAUUUGAACAGGAAACAGUGUGGUGUGGUUGGUUGGGGUGCCUUAAAAUUAGAUAUGGCAAAAGCUUAUGAUCGGAUGGAAUGGCCAUUUUUAAAAGGCAUGAUGAUGGCACUCGGGUUUAAUGACAAGUGGAUUGAACUUAUUAUGACGUGUGUUACGAAGGUGUCCUAUAAUUUCCUGGUAAAUGGGACACGGAGUGACUCACUAAUACCAACCAGGGGUUUAAGACAGGGGGAUCCAUUAUCGUCCUACCUGUUUAUAAUCUGUGCUGAAGGUCUCUCUAUGUUAUUACAACAGGCACAAGAAAGGAGUUUAAUACAUGGAUGCAAAGUAGCAAGGGGUGCUCCGCCUAUCUCCCAUCUCUUCUUUGCUGAUGAUAGCUUAUUAUUUUUUAAAGCAACUGUGCAGGAGGCAAAUGAAAUUAAAGGAUGUCUGGCUCUAUAUGAAAGUAUGUCUGGGCAAGCUGUUAAUUACCAUAAAUCCAGUAUAUGCUACAGUAAGAAUACAACAGAGGAGAUCAAGGAAAAUGUGGCACAAGUUUUGGGUGUGGUUCAGGCUCCUAACUUUGGAAAGUACCUUGGAUUGCCAUCAUUCAUUGGAAGGAAUAAGAAAGCUGCAUUUGCUUAUAUAGAGGACAAAAUCAGACAGAGAAUAGGAUAUUGGAACAAGAAACUAUUAUCGCAGGCAGGAAAAGAAAUCUUAUUGAAAAGUGUGGCUCAGAAAAUCCAUUGGAAAGCCUGGGAUAAGUUAUGUAUACCCAAGAAGUAUGGUGGAUUGGGUUUUAAAGACCUAAGAGCGUUCAAUGUGGCACUGUUGGGAAAGCAAGCUUGGAGGCUAUUGACCAAUACAGACUCUUUGGUUUCUAAAGUUUAUAAGGCCAGAUAUUAUCCUAACCAGUCUUUUACUGAUGCAAUUCUAGGAAACAAUCCAAGUCACUGUUGGCGGAGCAUUAUGACGGCGAAGAGUUUAAUUUGCAGUGGGGUGAGAAGACGAAUUGGGAACGGAGAUUCUACCUUUGUGUGGGGACACCCGUGGUUGCAAGAUAAAGAUGACCCCAUGAUCCAGACAGAAAUGCCACCUCAACUGAGUAAUGCCAGAGUAAUCAACUUAAUUAACCAAGAUACAGGCACUUGGGAUUAUGGUUUACUUACGGAUAUUUUUGAGCCUGGUGAUGUGAGUAGGAUUCUAAAAAUACCAGUAUCCCCAAGCUAUGAUGACAUGUGGUAUUGGCAUGGAAACCCCAAAGGCAAUUACACGGUUAAACAUGGAUAUAGGUGUAUGGUGGGAAAUUAUGAAAAUAUUGCAAAUGUGGGAUUUGCAAAGUGGCUCACAUUGUGGAAACAGAAAAUACCACCAAAAUGGAAAACCUUGCUAUGGAGGGCUUUGAGUGAUAUUCUUCCUACUACCCAAAACUUGCUUAUAAGGAGGGUGGAGAUUGAUCCGGUGUGUGCCAUGUGUGGAGUUGUAAAUGAAGAUAUUAUGCAUACAUUGGUUUCGUGUGACUAUACGAAGACCAUUUGGGCACUAUCUAACCUUCCAUCUACAAAUAUUGUGACAAAUAUUUUUUAUGAAUGGUUUAGUGAAAUGUUAAAUGUUCUAGAUUCUGAUGGUAUUGCCUACGCAGCUGCAAUUAUUUAUCAUGUAUGGAGAGCUCGGAAUGGUGCGGUUUGGGAUGCAUGUUUGCCCAGACCACGACGAGUGCUCGCCGCGGCCCAGGCCGAAGUUACGGCAUGGCGUCAUGCCCAUGCACCAAGAACGGACCCGAGUCCCGUGAUGCCAGCCACGGCAGUGCAGCCCACUGCCCGCAGAACCGAAACCGGAACAGCCCAGCAUGCCGCACCCAGUCACACUCCGACGCAGCCACCACCAUCCAAGUGCUAUGUCGAUGCUGGAUAUCGACACACGGACAACACAGCAACGGUUGGAGUGGUAAUACUGGGACCGGGUGGUCAAUUUAUCUCAGCAUACUCCGCACCUUUACCACAUUGUUUUUCACCACUCAUGGCGGAGGCUUAUGCUUUUAAGGAGGUUCUUUCUUGGCUACGCGAGCGUGGAGAGCAAAAUAUGGAGCUUUAUACAGAUUGCCAGGUACUGCAGACUUACUUAACGACACCACAGCUGCUGACAAGAUCGUAUGUUGGCUACGCAAUUGAUGGAUGCAAGAAUCAUUUAUCUACUUUUAAUUAUUGUUAUGUUAACUUCAUACCUAGAUCGCAGAAUAUUUUAGCACAUAGUUUAGCUACUACAGCUUUCUAG